UUGGUGGUAUAGCGAAGGAAAUAUCGAUGUAUCGACACAUUUUUAGAAUAUCUAGUUUAAAGUGUAGGUAAUAGUUAAAUAUGUUUCGAAAGCCGCUGCAAAGAUGCUUGAAACCUGUAUUGGAAAUCACGUCAUCAAAAUCCAGAAAUAUCCACUUGAUUCCCAUGGUUGUUGAGCAGACGGGUAGAGGUGAGCGUGCCUAUGAUAUAUUCUCGCGAUUAUUAAAAGAGCGUAUAGUAUGUGUCAUGGGACCAAUACAUGACGACUUAAGUUCAUUGGUUGUAGCACAACUUCUUUUCCUUCAAUCUGAAAAUUUUAAUAAGCCAAUACAUAUGUACAUAAAUUCUCCGGGUGGAGUUGUAACAGCGGGCUUGGCCAUAUAUGACACUAUGCAGUACGUGAAACCGCCAAUAUCAACAUGGUGUGUUGGUCAGGCAAGCUCCAUGGGAUCUUUACUUUUAACAGCAGGAACAUCAGGAAUGAGAUAUUCCCUUCCAAAUGCUCGUAUCAUGAUACACCAACCAUCCGGAGGGGCGCAGGGACAAGCGACGGACAUACAAAUUCAGGCGGAGGAGAUUAUAAAGCUAAAACAGCAAUUGAUAAAUAUAUAUGUAAAGCACACAAAGCAAUCCUAUGAUACUCUUCAAAAGAGUAUGGAACGUGAUAACUUUAUGUCACCUGAAGAGGCAAAAAAAAUGGGUUUGAUUGACCAUGUUCUUGAGCAUCCUCCUGAAACGGCGACGGAAGCGGACACAAGAAGUUCAUAAAAGUUUCAGGAAAUAAAAGUCGUUAAAGGAGAAUUUUAAAUAAAAUGGAAGGUUAAAAUCGGUUUAUGUGUGUAUACAUGUGUACGUAAAUAUAUGUGUUAUACUCACUCUUUGGCCAUUAAUACCGAUUACAUAUUCAUUCUAGCCGAUAUUCCUGGCUACUAGUGUCUUAACAAUUAUAGUUUUAAUUACUUUUUACUUUAUUAAAUAUACCUAAAUAUUCAGAUUUAA